UCGAGCUCGUCUCGUUCCAAGUCACCCAAAUCAUUCCCUCGUCCACUCCCACUCCCCACUCCUCCCGUCUCUUUCCCUCUAUAUAUCCCCUGUGCUCGUCUUCUUGGUGGAGAAGCACGCUUGACAUCUCCAGCUCACAUGGGUGACAUCUCCAGCUCUAAUGGGAACGGGAGCGGCCUGCUGGGUGAUGGUAGGAGAAAGAGCUGUUGGUACGAAGAGGAGAUCGAGCAGAACCUGAGAUGGUGCUUUGCUCUUAACAGCAUUUUGCAUACAGGAUCCUCGCAGUAUCAGGACAUCGCUUUACUUGACACGAAGCCCUUCGGCAAGGCUCUAGUUCUUGAUGGAAAGCUGCAGAGUGCUGAAAUGGACGAGUUCAUUUACCAUGAAUCCCUGGUUCAUCCAGCCCUCCUGCACCACCAGAACCCUAAGCACAUCUUUAUAAUGGGUGGAGGUGAGGGGUCUACGGCGAGAGAAAUACUCAGGCACAGGACAGUGGAGAGGGUGGUCAUGUGUGACAUAGAUCAGGAAGUGGUAGAUUUCUGCAAAUCGCAUCUGCUUGCCAACAAAGAAGCCUUCUUCGAUCCCAGACUCCACGUUGUAAUAAAUGAUGCUAGAGCCGAGUUGGAGAAGAGGAAGGACAAGUUCGACGUGAUAGUGGGAGAUCUGGCUGAUCCGAUCGAAGGAGGCCCCUGCUACAAGCUCUAUACCAAAUCUUUCUACGAGGAGACGCUCAAACCCAGACUCAACCAGGGUGGAAUCUUUGUCACUCAGGCAGGGCCUGCAGGAGUCUUUUCACAUACAGAGGUUUUCUCCUGCAUCUACAACACGCUAAGACAUGUCUUCAGAUAUGUUGUGCCUUACUCUGCUCACAUUCCCUCGUAUGCCGACACAUGGGGUUGGGUGAUGGCAUCUGAUUCCCCGUUCACUCUCGACGCCGAGAAGCUCGACUCACGGAUUCGGCAGCGGAUCGAAGGAGAGAACAGAUACGUCGAUGGGGAAACCUUUGCUUCGGCUUCUAUCUUGAGCAAAGCUGUCAGGAAAUCGCUGGCAAAGGAGACGCAGUUGUACACGGAAGGCACGGCCAAGUUCAUCUAUGGCCAUGGAAACUGCACCAACAUCGCAUCUACGUGAGUCCACCCACGGAAGGGGGAGGAGUUGGGAGGCCAAAGCGACGACUGAGAGAAGAAAUAGCAGAGACAGUACCCUUUUUUUGCAGUCCCUUAGUAGUCAUUUGCAUUGGGUACAAUAAAAUGCUGGCGUUAGUGAGAUAGUACCUCUUUUUGGCUUGUGUAAUCUUUGGUGCUCGAAGCUCAUGGUGUCUUUUAU